AUGACCGCACAGCAUCAGCAGUUCCAAGCAGAGCAGGAGCAGCUGAAUGGAAAGCUGUCCGCUUCAGACCGCAAGGCCAAAAUGUUGGAGGCAAAGCUGAAAGGUCGCAUUGAGAGUAUGCGCGUCAUGCAGGCAGAAAAAGAGGCCGUCGAGGAGCAACUGCGCAUUGCCGCCAAGCAGCUUGAGGCGCUUCUGGCAGACGAGACGAAGGAUUCAGAUCUUCAAAGAGACCUGGCGGCUUUGUCCAAGCAGUUUGAACAGCUGCAUGCGAAGCAUCGGAUUCAGCUGGCACAAGCUGAAGAGCAUGCAAAGCAACUGAAGCACGAACAGGCCGCCUAUGCGGAGCUUCAUGAGGAGUUCGCGCAGCAACAGCUUAUCGCCAGCGAGGAGCGGGAGGCCUUGUCGAAAGAGUUGGCAGAUCUCAGCGCCGAUGCCUCCCAGGUGCGGCAGCAGUGUAACGAGCUGAACCAUCACAAGGAGGAGCCAUCGAAUGGCCAUGGUGGCCCACAGGAGCAGACUUUGGCAGGUUUGGAGCGCGACUUCGCAGAGUUUGCCCGCUCCGUGGGUUUCAAAGGCGAUGUGAGCCAGCUCUGGGAAGAGGCCCAGGCUGCUGCGGCCAAGGAGGCAGAAAAAGCUUCUGUGCAAAAAGCGCGCCGCGAUGAACGACCAGUGGCUGCGGAUGUCCAACUGCGACCUUCAGCAGACAGUGGUGAUGUGCCGAGCCCACCACGCCGUGGUGUUCCUUGGAAGUCCUCUGGAGCAGGUGUGACUCCAAAGGAGCAAGAGACGACAUCGUCAAAGAGUGUCUUACCUCUCGCAGCGCAAGAGUGCUUCCAGCAAGCAGAGGCCCUUUGUGCGCGUCAACGCUUCUCAGAGGCCGUGCCUCUCUUCCGGCGCACGCUGGAGAUUCUGCAGGAUGCAAGUGGCAGCGGAAGCUGUGCUGCUGCCGCCGAGGUCUGGGCUCAUUUGGGCGUGGCAAUGCAGUCACUGGAUCGUGUACCCGAGGCCAUUGACAGCUACCGACGAGCUGUUGCCAUGGAUGCUGGCUUACAUGUGUGCUUUGCAAAUCUGGCAACGCUCCAUGCAUAUUUGCACGAAAAGGAGCAGGCCCUCAAGUACAUUGCCAAAGCGCUGGAGGUGGAGCCUACGAAUCCCACCUACCUGGCGCUCAGGAGUCAGUUCCUCACUGAGCCCAAGGAGGAAAGCCAAUCAACGAAGGAAGAAAGCACUUCGGCACCCCUGGGUGAUCAGAGUUCACUUGGUGAAUCCAGUGAACCUGCCAAUGAAUUAGCCAGCACGGAGGGUUCAAAAAAGAGCACCAGCAGAAUGUCCUAG